AGAGGCGGCAGCAGCAGCAGCAGCAGCAGCAGCAGCAGCAGCAGCAGCAGCAGCAACAGCAGCAGCAGCAGCAGCAGCAGUAGCAGCCGCAGCCGCGGCGGCCGGCAGCUCCAUCCCCAUCUUCCUCCUCCUCCUCCUUUUCCUCCGCCAGCGAGGCUUUCUCUGCCUCGGGAGCGGACUCCCCUAGGGAGCGAGCGAGGGGGCAGACAGGAGGGCGGGCGGGCUGGGGAGAGGAGGCUUCGGCCAUGGCUACUACCACCAGCACCACCGGCUCCACCCUGCUGCAACCCCUCAGCAACGCGGUGCAGCUACCCAUAGACCAGGUCAACUUUGUAGUGUGCCAACUCUUUGCCUUGCUAGCAGCUGUUUGGUUUCGAACUUAUCUACAUUCAAGCAAAACUAGCUCUUUUAUAAGACACGUUGUUGCCACCCUUUUGGGCCUUUAUCUUUCACUUUUUUGCUUUGGAUGGUAUGCCUUACAUUUUCUUGUACAAAGUGGAAUUUCAUACUAUAUCAUGAUCAUAAUAGGAGUUGAAAAUAUGCACAAAUAUUGUUUUGUGUUUGCUUUGGGAUACCUUACAGUGUGCCAAAUUACCAGAGUCUACAUCUUCGAUUAUGGACAAUAUUCUGCUGAUUUUUCAGGCCCAAUGAUGAUAAUUACACAGAAGAUCACUAGUUUGGCUUAUGAGAUUCAUGAUGGUAUGUUUCGAAAAGAUGAAGAACUAACUCCAUCACAGAGAGGUUUGGCUGUAAGACGCAUGCCAAGUCUACUGGAGUAUUUAAGUUACAACUGUAAUUUCAUGGGUAUCCUGGCAGGCCCAUUAUGCUCUUACAAAGACUAUAUUACUUUCAUUGAAGGCAGAUCAUACCAACUGACACAGUCUGAAGCAAAUGGAAAAGAAGAAAUACAGUAUGAAAGAACAGAGCCAUCUCCCAAUGUUGCAGUAAUGCAGAAGCUCUUAGUUUGUGGGCUUUCCUUAUUAUUUCACUUGACUGUCUCCAAAACAUUGCCUGUAGAAUACAACAUCGAUGAUCAUUUUCAAGCUACAGCUUCACUGCCAACAAAGGUUAUCUACUUAUAUGUGUCCCUUAUGGCUGCCAGACCCAAAUAUUAUUUUGCAUGGACUUUAGCCGAUGCUAUUAAUAAUGCAGCUGGAUUUGGUUUUAAGGGCUAUGAUAAAAAUGGACAAGAAUGUUGGGAUUUAAUUUCCAAUUUGAGAAUCCAGCAAAUAGAGUUUUCAACAAGUUUUAAAAUGUUCCUUGACAACUGGAAUAUUCAGACAGCUCUUUGGCUUAAGAGGGUCUGUUAUGAAAGAGCCUCCUUUAGCCCGACCAUUCAGACUUUCAUCCUAUCAGCCAUUUGGCAUGGUGUAUAUCCAGGCUAUUACUUAACAUUCUUAACAGGGAUGGUUAUGACAUUAGCAGCACGAACUAUGAGAAAUAACAUUAGACAUUACUUUAUUGAACCUCCAGAGGUUAAAUUAUUUUAUGACGUUAUAACAUGGAUAGCUACUCAAGUAGCAAUAAGUUACACAGUUGUCCCAUUUGUACUUCUCUCUAUAAAACCCUCGAUUUCGUUUUUCAGCUCCUGGUAUUAUUGCCUUCAUAUUACUGGCAUCUUGGUAGUAGUAUUGUUGCCAAGAAAAAGAACUAGCAGAGGAAAGAAAAUACAGCAAGAAGACCACCUGUCACAAUCCACAAAAUUAGAGGAAGAAAGUCCUUUGGGACAGAACAGUUAUUUAGCAACAAAUAACAUCCACACUCAGCAGCAAAAAAUAACUCCCAGAAAUUCAGCACUAAAACAAUGAUGGAGAAAAUAAUUAAGUUGGCUAUUUUUCAUAUGUUUUCAGAAACCAGUUUUAGCACCUUUUACAGAGGUUUGUAUUCAACUGAAACAAAAUUAAGUGACAAAAAGGACAUACAUAUAUAGGGAAUAUCUUGUAUAAUAGACUGCAAAUAGAGUGAAUUAACCCCUCUUGUGCCAUGUCCCUUUGGGUCAUGCCUUAUAUGAAAAUAUUUCCAUUAUUUCAAUGGGCACUCAGGACUUCAGCGUAUGUCCAUAGGGUCAUAUGUGUGCCCCUUUGAUGAAUGUACGUUGUGUAUCCUAAGGCACUGAGGGGGUAGAAACAACUGUGUCGAUCUAGAUGAUGAGAGGGAAAUUUAACUUUUCCAGAUGAAUGCUUUGCCUUAAACCCUCUAUUUACUGAAAUAAUUGUUUCUAAAUGGUAUUUUCAUGUUUAAUAUUUGUGUAAAAAUCAGAUUUCAGAUAUUUAAUGUUAUAUGCUGUAAAGGAAAUUAGAAGAAUUUUAAUCAGAGUGUUGUAAAUGGUUUGUAAAAUGCAAUAAACAUCUCAGUAUUUCGAGGGUUUUCUUACAGUUAUCUCAAAACAACUUAAGUAGAUUGCAGAACUGUAAACAUUACCAAUGCCAAAAUAUAGGUAGCCUAGAUUGGCUGACUUUAAUUAUAUUGUAUCAGUCAGAUUGAGCCCUUCUAAGAAGAUUUUCUUAAACAUAUAAUUUAAAUAUGGCAAAACUGAUAUUUCAAGUUUUUUUUUUUACUUUAAAAAAAAAAGAAAACACUAAGUGGACCUUGCAAUUAGAGACAAGUUGGCAAUCAAAAUAGGACCCAGAUCAAUAUAUUGUAAGUAAGUACCAGGUGCUCAGCAGAAGUGCUACUUACCCCUAACAUGUCUGAAUUUAUUUUAUCAUUGUAUUUAGGAUAUUCACAGAUUUAAUAACUAAAUUUCUUUAGAAUUUAAAAAUUAAAACUUAUCAGGCAUAAAACCUAUAGAAUUAGGAAAAGAUUAUUGAAUAAUAGAACUAAAACAGUGUCAUGGAAGUAAGUAAAACAUUUUCCCUUGGUUAAGUAUAAAAGCAAGUUACCUUAGUCUAAUCAUCGAACUAUUUGCCUCUUAAAUAUAAUACCUAAUCAUGUUUUGAAAUGUUUAAGGGGAUUUAUUUAAGACUGUUGGUAGAAAAGAUAUAAACAACAUCUUUAGAAAAGUUUAUAUAAAGUAAUAUUUAGAACUAUUAAAUAUUGUAUAAAGUGCUGUUAUCUAGCACCUUUUAAUUGGAUUUUUAAGUUCUCUAAGUACAAAAGUACGAUUUUAAUUUAGUUUGGGGCAUUUUCAUGUGCUUACAUUUUCCUUGAAAUACUACAACAUUCUCAUUCCCCAGGGCCACACAAUUUUUUUGCAUUAAUUUAAUCUUAGUUGUGACUAAAAAAAUAGCACAGAAUUAUAAAUUUUGUACCAGGACAGUUGGCAGGAAGCAUCACAAAAUAUUCCAGGUUCUUAAAGCUUGUGAUAUUUGCUGUAGGUGUGUGCAGGGUUCUUAACAUAUGGAGCCACUGAAAAAAGGAAGAAAGAGGAGCUUUCAUUUUAUUUUUAGCGGACAUUUUAUUUUGCCUUAUUUUUAUUAAAUGCAAACUUUACAUAUACCCCAAUUUCUUUUCACAAAUUAUGAUUAACAAAUUGAGCUUAGGGCAAAACACCCUAAGUGAUAUAGGAAUGUACUAAGUAGUUUUGUGGUGGGGUGUGUUUUGUUUUGUUUUGUUUUAGGAAAAGCAAAGAAAGCUAAGACACCUGCCAUUCAGCAGGUCCUAAUCAGCAAAAAUGUAGAGCUGCCUUUUUUGAGCCUUAGAAAUAAUCUCACAGACUGCCUUGGCUCAGUCUCUGUUGAAACUUCUCCUUGUUUCACACCUGUCUGGAAAUGUAGGUGGGGCUGGCCCUGUCCCAAGAAAUUCCCAGGAAAGAAUGGGAAAUGAAAGCAUGUUGAAAUUAAGAUGGACUAAUAAUACAAAAGGACAGAAAUGAAUGUACACAGAAAGACCAGUUAAAUUUGCUGGCAAAAGAGUUUUAACUCAUUGAUGAAUGUAGCAGAGGACCUAAAACACUCUUUAAGAGGUAUUGGUUUUAUUAAGAUAUUUCUGGCUAAUGGAAAGCAUAGGCAAGGGAUUGCAGCCUUCUAUGUAAGUAGGGAGCAGGGGGAAGCUCAGGUACUUUUCUUUUGCUUAGCCUGCCCUCAAGGGAAUCAGCAGCAUGCAUUUUAAUGUGACAUAAUUUGUUUGCAGAGCUGGAUGGAACCCUGGAAGAUCAUCUAAUCAAGCUUCUCAUUUUAUAGGUGAGCAAAUUGAGGCCCAGAAAAGUAAAGUAAUUUGCUCAAAAUCACACAGUUGGUGAAUGGUAGAACCAGAAUUGUAUUUCCAAUUGAGUUCUCUCUCCAUCCCAUGAUGUUCCCUCCCUCACCUUUAGUAGGCAACUUUUUUAUAAGGCCUGGUAGUCAUUAUCUGCUUAUAUGAUGAGACUAUAGCCACUCAAAAAGUGUGUUAUUCAGUGUGUUUGCAUGAAAAGUACCUAAUAGCCAGGUGGCUGAUUCCCCCUGCCAAAUUCAAUAAGUAUUAUUCCUCUGGUCCGGGAGGGAUUGUGGCAUAGGAUUUUGCACUUUUCUCUAUAAAAGAGAGUAUUUCAUCCUCUGUCAAAAUAGAGGAGCACUAAUGCCAGCACAGUGCCUAGCCCUUGAUAAGAAGACCUUAUUAGAUACUUGUUGAUCGAUAAAUUAUUUGUGAAAUGUCAUAAAGAUUAAUAUAUUGUUUCAACUUCUUUUAGAGGACUAUACUCUAAUGGGCACUUUUUUGAAAAACUGAAAUAAGAGCUAGCUUUUAUUUGUUCAUUUAUUAAAUUGGCAUUGGUGAAAUAUGCACAUUACUUUGUGGCAAUUACAUGCAAAAUAAGUCAAAUGCACAGUUUAGAUUUGAGGAUGUUAAACUUUUAGUGUGUUAACUAUUGUUACUGCUGCCUCCUUGUUUUUAUUUUUUUAUCAUAGAGUUAAUUUCUAUUAUAAUUUGAAUUAGUAAUCAUCAAUAUCAUGUUGACUAAUAUCAGUAAAAAUCCAUCAUUGUUUUACAUAGUUCAUUUCUCUAACUUUAAAAUGAACAUUUUCUUUGGAAUGAAGGGUAAGAGAGAAAAUGGAUUUGUCUGACAAAGAACAUGUUCCUUUAUCUCACACCAUCAACAUUUAGGUUUUUACUCUAUAAGGAUAGAGUAUGAGAGUGUGUGUGUGUGUGUGUGUGUGUGUUUGUGUUGCAUGCAUGUGCAUGUACAGACAAAAAAAUACCAUUUUUCUCAUCUGUAACAUGAGGAAAUUAAAUGGGAUGAGUUCUAAAGUCCCUUCCAUCUCUGAAUAUUCUGAAUCUAUGAAAGUGUGCAGCCAAGGGAAUCCUUGAGGAGCACUUGGCAUUGGUAAAACUGAAAGUCCAGAGAUCUAGUUUUUUAUCUCUGGUUCUUUUUGUAAUGACCAGUGUGACCUUGGGCAAAUCACUUCACUUACCUGAGUCUCAUUUUUACUCACCCAUAAAACUUUUGAGUUUGAUUCACUAUUUUAUUAGCUCAUCCCUUUUCAACUCCCAGAUCCUGAGAUGAUGUACAUAGAGGGGUUGGAGUGCCGUUGGUGGAAUCAGCAAGCAAGUUCUAUAGAUAUAUGUAAGAACAUGACCACUGUCAAAACUGUAUUCAUGUAAUACUAUGAAACAGAGCUGAAACUGUGCAAAAGGUUGUCAUGGUAACCUAGGAAAAAUCAUUGAGUCCAGUAUAUCAAAAGGCCUGUCAGGGUAGCAUUUCUGCUGAAUAGAUCUCUUAAAAUGGUUCCCUAAUGAUAUACUACUGUGUAUACAUGAGAACAUGGAAGAUUUUCCUCUUGCUUUCUCUGCUUUUCCCCCUCUGCUUUCAUGAUUUUAAAUCAGAAAGAAAAAAGUAACACUAAAUACCCCUUCUAUGCCUCCCCAUUUCCUGAUUUUAUUACCCAGUAAAUAGUACCAAUUAAUUGAUUGUUUCUUAAAUUAUUUCAUUGUAAAUUAUUAAAAACAUAUUUCAUUUUAAAAUUAUUUUAUCAUAUUUCAAAUUAUAAGAAGUAUAUUACUUGAAUAAAACUAAAUAUUUACCAUUAAUUUAAUCAGAGAAUUCAUAUGUUAGAAGAAAAUUGAUAGGGUUUUUGCAAGGUUAAAUAUUUAAUUUUCAAUCUUUGUAAUUUAUAUAUACUUAUGUUGAACAUAAAUGGAAAAGCUGGAGAAGUAAUACAUUCCUAAUAUAUACUUAUUUAACUUUCCUCUUGCUACCAAUUGUUUGUAAUUAUUCAUUCAUAAGUUUUCCAAACUAUUGUAUUAUCAUUGAAGGAUAAAAAUGACAUAAAAGAGUAGUUAGAAUGGUGCCUGUUAUUAUGGUUUUAGCUAAAUCUUUGUCUAGAGUUUUUAUUAUAAACCUAUAGUCUAAGGAGGUUUCUCAGUCAUUAAAAUUCCAUCCAAGUUGAAAGACAAAAUGUCAGAUUUAAUGUAGAUAGAAUUUUAAGGAACACUGUGAAAUUAUUCCUUACUGCCCUUGCCUACCUUAGAAUUAUCUAGAUUAAAACUGGAAGACUUAAUCGGCUAUAUAUUUCAUUAUGUCUGUGUCUUGCACAAGUAAAUUAAUAUUUGUUCCUGAUGUGUAAGAAAACAAUUACUUUCAAAAAGAAAAAAUUCUCUCUCCAAAAUCUGAGUAUUUGGAGCUUAGAAUGUCAGAAAUUUUAAGACCCACAUCUCCUAUUUAUGUUUGCAUAUACAGUGUGAUAAAAGUAUAUAUUUGUAGUUGUUCAAAUUACAGAUGUUCCUUUAAAAGAAAAAGAUUUGCCAUGUUGGUAUUUUGUAAUCAUGCCCUCAUAAUCAGUGAUUUAGCUGCUUUUAUGUAGGUUGUUAUUGUGUAAUGGAAAUAGCCAGUCCAAUUUUUAAUUGGUACAUUGGCUAAUGAUUUUAAUAUAAUGUUCCUAAUGAUUUUAAUAGUUUUUUAAUAUUAUGUAAACCCUAGGGUAGGACUUGAUGAAGAAAACAAUUUUCCAAAAUAUAGCCUCAAUGCAUAUUUUUACUUCAAAGCUAACUUGUAGUAUUUUUAAACUGAUUUUUAUUUUAUUGUUUUAAUGCCACAUUUAAAAGGGAAAAAAAAAACUAAAACUGUGUAAUGUAGAAAUUAUUGUGGAAAGGUCCAGGUCAAACCACAUUUGUCCCAUUUGAAGCCAUCUCUCCAGUGGUGUUUGGCCAUGUUUACCACUAUAAAUUAGAUGGCCAACCAGAAGUUAAAAAGCAGUGGAAUAAGUCCAUCUAAUGGAGAGAGGAGUACAAGCUACCAUCUACUGCACAGUAUCUGGCUCCUGCACAAUCUCUACUUUAGACUUAUCGCUCCCUGAGAAAUUACUUGGUAAUAAUCUUCUGUGCUGACUCUUUAAUGGAACAAUUAUUCAUCUGUCAAAAUGUCUAACAUAGAUUUUUGUCGAUCUGCAUAAGAUUCCUCAUUUCAAACAUAUUUUAAAUCCAAUUAUACUGGUGUAUCUAUAAGAAUAAACUUGUUUCCCAAUUUUGUCAUUUUGAAAAGAGAGUUGAUCACCAAAUAGUCAUUUAUUUCAGUCCAGCAUACAAAAUUUAUAUUAGAUCAGCUAGAAAAGAGUGAUCUCUGUCUUCAAAAGGGCCUAACAGAAAGCAAAAGGAGUGAAAGCAAAAAUUCAUUCAGGGAACUGAGGAUGCUAUAAUAAAUUACUCCAUUUGAGAAAGUAGAAUGUGUAAUUAAUUUAAUUCCUGCAUUGGUUCUACUUUAAAGAGUUUUCUGUCUUUGCAGAAGAGAGACUCUUUCACUAGGGAGAAACUAACAAUUCUAGCAAUCUUUACAGUAUUCCUUCACUUGCCUCCCCUCAUUGAAAUUAGAAUACAGUGUCUGUGAUAUUCAUUUUUAUUAUUCCAAAAUAUAUUUUUUAAAAAAGUGUUAUUUUUCAACAGAUCCAUAAACUAGGUAUUGGUGAUUGGUCAAUUUAAAAUACCACUGUUAGUUACACUGUGAUGUCAUUUUAAUAAUUAUCCAUUUCUAGUCUCUGUCAGAGCUGCACUGAUAGCAUACUGCAAUGUUUUAAAGGUGUUUUUAACUUACAUAUAAAUGUUUUUCUAAUUUGUGUGUCUUUAAAAUUGAUUAAACAGUAGUUUAAAAAUA